AUGUACGGAAUUACGGCGCGUUUCUAUCUUUCUAAGGCCACAAAACAUUUUCAGGACAGAGGCAAAAAAGAUCAGACCAGCCAAGCCGGCGACUGCUUAAGUUCUUACCUUCCCUCCCCUUCACCUCAAUAUUCGCCCCCUGAUCAUAAUGACGAAACGCAAAACGUACAAAUCACGAUAAAGAUCUCACCUACAUGUGCCUAUCUAGCUCUAAAGCCGGUGGUGGUCAGCUCCUCCACACCGCACCAGAGGGGGACAGGCACAGCCAGUGGUGAAAAAGCGGCCUUAUUCUGCUCCACACCCCCCAGUUUUCGACCCACGCCUGUUUACAGAUCACAAAUCUUGGAUAGCAUGAUCUCAAAAAAAGUCGGCCUUUUUUACCUGGGUGAAAACGGAGAUGUUUUCAUUUUUCCGGAGAAAAUUUCCACAACACGACGCAAAUCGACCACUGAAAACGAAAAAAAGGGCCGUGGUGCGGCGGUGCCAGCCUACUCCAUUAACAAGGCGCGGUUACAGCAUCCAGGGGCCCCCAGUGUCAACCUUCAGAAUUGGCUGGAGACUUUGUUCUAG